AUGUCGCGCCAAUAUCUCCUCACCAUUCUCGCCGUGCUGGCCACGGCCUCUUCCAUAAAUGCUCAGAUCCUGAGCUGUGCUGAUGUCGAAUGCCCCAUCACGAAGGGGACAACCUCCGCUACUUGCACCGUGGUGGACAAGAUCUUCAACGCCGUCGGUGUCGUCCCGUGCCGUCGAUACCAGCUCCGACCGAGAAUACGACCAGUCAUUGUACCUCGGUACUCCUCUCUUGGCGUCAGACUUCCUGCCUCGUGUGCUGUUUUCUUCAACAAAGUGAACGACCGCGUCAGAUUCGGCGAUGACGACCCCAAGCGAUCGAAAGGCACUUGCAAUCAAGCCAUGACAGAUGGUUGCAUUAACGCCUUGAUAAAGCGCGCCUUGGAAGUUGACCUGUCAGGCAACGACGCAUGCGAGAAGCUGCAGACCGAGUUCCUGGCAAACCUGGACUCUGAGUGUGCUUCGUUCGCCACAGGCAAUAAUUGGGUCGAUGUCACCGCGGUUGACCUGCUGGGUGAUGGUUCCCCCCAGCCUAUUGACAGCGACAGGAACGCCAGUUCCGAUUGCUGGCCUACAUCCCCAAGGAACAACGAUCUCCGGCUCGUUCACUCUACCAAUUCAACGACUUCCGUCUCCCAAGCAGAGGCACAGUUGACGUGUGUAAAGGCGAUCGAUUUGACCACGACGUCCAAUGCCACACAGACCCAGGCAGAGGGAACGAGUGACGCGAUUUGGGGAAGUGGCGUAUCGAUGGUUUUGGUGGGGAUUAUGACGGUUGUGUUUGCCGCUAUGCUUGCGUAG